AAAAGGGAAAACACAAGGGAAACAUUUAUUGACAUCAUGGAAAAGUAACGACGACCCAACACCAGGAAAUUUUGUAGGGGCACUUUCAGCAGAGCAGCCACCACAAGUUUUCAUUUGGGAUGGUUCAAAGCCUUACUGGAGAGGUGGGCCGUGGGAUGGAGGAAAAUUUAUAGGUAUACCGCAGCAGGAGGCUGGAUACUCCAAUCUUAUUAGUCUCAUACCACAGACCUCACAAGAAGGAGCCUAUCUCACCCUUGAUGUUUAUAGCUUAUCCAAUAUCCAGUGGCUUUAUUUAAAACCUGAUGGAGUGUUGCAGCUGAUUUACUGGGAUGAUGAUGAUAACAUGUGGGAAUCUAGUUGGGAAGUACCAGAGAAUCCUUGUGAUGUUUAUGGAUUUUGUGGCGCUUUUGCAAUUUGUACAAACAAAAAGUCUCCUAUUUGUGAAUGCUUAAGAGGGUUUGUACCACUGUCGAAUGAUGAAUGGAGCAAAAGCAAUUGGACUGGAGGUUGUGUGAGGCGAAGUGAACUUUUGUGUGAGAGGAAUAGAAGCAGUUUAGCUUCUGGAAACACGAAACCUGAUAAGUUCCGCGCGCUAAAAGGGAUCAAGCUCCCGGAUCAUCAUCACUUUUUUCCGUACAUGGAUGCCAACCAAUGCCAGCAAUGGUGUUUGGGUAACUGCUCUUGUAAAGGAUAUUCCUAUGUAGAAGGCAUUUACUGUAUGGUUUGGACUCAAGACCUUAUUGAUAUCCAGCAGUUCUCAACUGGGGGAAAAAAUCUUUACUUACGUCUUGCUUAUGUGGAUUCAGGUGAAGAAACAAAAAGAGCAACACUCAUCAUCACUCUUACAACCAUAGGGGGUGUACUCCUCUUAGGUGGUUUCAUAUUCGGAUUAUGUAGAUGGACAACUUAUAAGAAAAGAAGGAGAACCAUGUUAAAUCACCUCAAUUCGCACGAUAAAAUUGUUUCAAGGGACACACUUCAAAAAGAAGUUCACACACAGGAGUCUUAUGAAUUGCCUAUAUAUGAGUUCAAAGAAAUAACAGCUUCCACUGACAACUUCAGCUUCAGAAACAAACUUGGCGAAGGAGGAUUUGGGGCAGUUUAUAAGGGAAUUCUAGAUGAUGGACAACAAGUAGCAGUGAAGAGGCUGUCAGGUGACUCUGGGCAAGGAAUUGAAGAGUUUAAGAAUGAAAUCAUGUUGAUCUCUAAGCUCCAACACAAGAACCUUGUUAGACUUUUAGGUUGCUGCAUUGAAGGGAAAGAGAGAUUAUUGAUUUACGAGUACAUGACAAACAAAAGCUUGGACACUAUUCUCUUUGAUCCGAAGAAACGCACACAACUUGAUUGGGCAACUCGUUUCAACAUUAUUCUGGGAAUUGGUCGUGGACUGAUUUAUCUUCACCGUGAUUCUUGUUUAAGGAUUAUACACAGGGACUUGAAGUGUAGCAAUGUUCUGCUUGACGAGAGAAUGAAUCCCAAGAUUUCAGACUUUGGAUUGGCACGAACUUUCCAAAUGACCCAAGAGCUGGCAAAUACUCAUCGGAUCGUGGGAACAUAUGGCUAUAUGUCUCCUGAAUAUGCCAUGGGAGGAGUAAUGUCAGAGAAAUCAGAUGUGUUUAGUUAUGGAGUAGUGCUAUUAGAGAUCAUAAGUGGCAAAAGAAAUUCCCAACUUAUAGACCGUGAACAAGUCUAUCCCCUUGCUCAUGCAUGGAAGUCAUGGAAGGAAGGCAGAGAAAUCGAACUGAUGGAUCAAACAUUAACAAAUACAUCAUGCCUGUCAGAGUGUCUGCGAUGUAUACAUGUGGGACUUCUUUGUGUUCAGGACUUGGCUAAAGAUAGGCCAACGAUGACGGAAGCCCUUUAUAUGUUAAGCAGUGAAAUUGAUCUACCAGAGCCAAAUGAACCAUUAUUUACUUUACAAAGGCUAUCCGGAACCAGCAUCGGGCAAACACACGAAAACAUGUUUUCUAUAAAUGGAGUCACUAUCUCGAUGACCGAAGGUCGGUAACGAAUAUAGGAGGGUACUUUGGAAUUUUAUUCGUUAUGCUUAUUUUUUUCUCGGUUCAAUACUUCAACCCAAAAGUGGCCUAAUAACUUCAUGUAGUAAUUGAAUUUAAGGAUUAGUGUUUGGAAAUGCAUUCAACUAAGUCUCGAGUUUAUAA